AUGGAGAAGAAGGUUAAUUCAGAAACCAGAUUCAUUCGUUACAUCAAAUCUCCCAUAAGGGUUCUUUCUAAAUUGAGGGACAGUUAUAUCAAUAGCAUGAUCAAGUGUGCCGGUCAUACAGUUUACGGCGGUGGCGGCUCAUCCAUGGGCUGCCCGGCGCCGUACGGUCUGCCCAAGAGCUUCAGCGUCAAUUCUUCUAACAGAUCAUCAUCAUCAUUAUCAUCAAGCAACGACGAUUACUCUGAACUCAUAAGGGCUGCUUCUAUUAGAACCCUUGGAAGGUCGACAGGGCUACAGCAGCAAUCGUAUGCGGUGGUGCCUAUGGUAGCAGCAGUCAGGAGGAGUCAGAGCGUUGCGAUUGGAAGGAUUAAUGAAGACGAAGCUUGUGAUUUUGCUGAUGAUUUGUGGCUUCUAAGAAGCAAAAGCUAUGCCGUCGCUUAA